CGGCGGGCGGCGACCCCCCCGAGAGCGAUCAUAAGGCUACUUGCGACGACGAGAAAGCCUGCGGGGCCCGGGCGGCGGGCGAGUCCUGCGGCGUCUACACGCCCAGCUGCGCCCAGGGGCUGCGCUGCGUCCCCCGGCCUGGCGAGCGCACACCUUUGCGCGCCCUGCGGCGCGGGAAGGGCGUUUGUUUGGCGGCGGCCGCGUCAGCCAAGAAGGGAGGCAGCAAGAACCAGACGGAGAUGGAGCCCGUUGCAGGUGAUGGCAGAAGGGAAAAUUACCAGACAGAUAAUUCAACUCCAGAACCUCUCCCCCUUCAGAUUCAAGACCCGUUGCCGGAUGUCAUUGUGGCCAAACCCCAGCUACAACAGCUCCCCCUAAAUAAUGGUGUUAAGCAGGAAUUUGAUACGGCUCCUUGUCGCAUGCAUUUGGCAGCCAUCCUGCAGGAGCUGAAGGCCCCCCUCUACCUGAAUGGCGAAGAUAUCUUCAUUCCCAACUGUGACACCAGAGGCUUUUAUAGGCGGAAGCAGUGCCGGGCCUCCAAAGGGCAGAAGAGAGGCCGGUGCUGGUGUGUGGAUAAGAGAGGCCAUCGAUUGGAGGGGCUGGAAGAGAGCCCCCUCUGCCUGCUUGCUAACAGUGACUGAGGAUGCAGGAAGAAAGGAGGCCAGCGUGGUCCAGCAGCAGGACUCUUGACUGAGGGGACUCGUCCUAUUAGAGCAGUUAUGGAAAAUGUUUGCUUGUAACUUAUUGCACAGUUGUUGCCUUGCUGGGAUCCUGCCUUCCCUGGGAUAACUUUGGAGCUGUUACUGUGUCUGAUAAUACCCCACCAAAGAAUGGAGGCUGAGUUGGCUGCCUCGGAGAAACAGCAGAUUGGGGUCUUCUAACUGCGUGACUGAAGAGGCUGUGUUCAAUAAGCUACCAAUGGCUGCAUUACAGCAAUAAUGCUGGCACCUGAAUCAAUUUUCUUUGGUUGAUGUGACAUCUAUCCUAGGUGCUGAUACCAGUAAAGGGAGCAGGAAUAGCCAGUUCCUGGAGGUGCAGUAUGUAUACUUCGACUACCUUCUAUAAAAUGCCUAGGGAGAGACCGGGAUUUAUCUUAAACAUCCUACCAAAGUAGAUGUGUUUUGUGGAAGGGAUUUUAACAGCAUGACCGUAGUACCCAUUAAGGGCAACAUAGGAGGAAGUAAAAUUGAAUUUGGCCAGGUUUUCACAUGGCCUACAUCUACAAUUUAAGCAAGAGAGUGAAAGUGCUGCAGGAUACUGGAAACGAGGUUUAUGGAACUUCUAGCUGUAGCUUUCAUGUUGUCGCACACUCUCCCCUCUGUUCUACUUCAUGGCUCUCCCCCAGCAUAUCCUGUAAAGAGCUCUCUGGAUGACAGGAAAACCUGAAGCUGCCUUCCACACGAGAAGCAGCGGAUGAUGGAUUGCCUCUAUUUGCCAUAACAUGCUUUAAUUUAAUGUGUUUAAACAGAUAGGUCUCAAUUUCUAUAUGUUUUACUAUCCUUGAUUUCAAUAAAUCUGAUGAUUAUGCCACCA